AUGAUUAACUUAGUAACCUUGUUUGGUCUCUUCGCGCUGCUCGCUUGGAUUUCUCUGAUAGCCCAGGUUGAAAAGGACGUUGUGUGCUACUACGGUACGUGGGCCAUGCACCGUCCUACUAAUGGAAAAUUAACCCCGGAGAACAUCGAUCCCAACUUGUGCAACAGAUUGAGCUAUACCUUCUUCCGCAUCAAUACCGAUGGCACAAUCAAGCUGGUCGAUCCUUGGCUGUCGGUUCUGAGCAGCGUUAAGUACUGGUUGAGCAAGGGUGCCAAUCCUGCCAAGCUCAAUCUCGGAAUUCCAUUCUACGGUAACACAUUCACAUUGGCUAACCCGAGUCAAACGCAAAUUGGAGCCCCGGCCGCUGGUGGUGGCAACGCUGGACCUUACAUAAAGAUAGCUGGAUACCUGGGAUACAACGAGAUCUGCGAAAAGAAAUGGCCCCGCUUCUGGGAUAACGCCAGAGGGGCCACUUACGCCGUUUCCGGUAACCAGUGGGUAGGUUAUGACGAUGUGCAGAGCAUCAAGCUGAAGUGCAGCAUCAUUGCCCAGUACGGACUUGGAGGUGGUACGACAUUCGGGAUCGAACAUGAUGACUUCCUUGGACGAUGUGGACCUAAGUACGAGCUCCUGAAUACCCUCAAAGGAUGCGUGAAUGCCAAUUAACCACCAUCGGCCACCACGAUUCCUCCUCCAGUCACUACACAGAAGCCGGUAGUUACGACCAAACCACCGGUAGCAACAACUGUCAAGCCAGCACCGACUACGGCCGCUCCCACUGCCAAACCAACGGGACGGUUUGUUUGCCCAGCCGACGGUUACUUCCGGGAUCCAACCGAUUGCAAUAAGUUCUACGUCUGCAACGGUGGAACCGCUACUCAGUUCAGCUGUGGCGCCGGCCUCUAUUUCAACGAGAAGAUAUCCGUUUGCGACUGGCCAAGAAACGUAUCCUGUCCGAUAUAG